AUGUCCCUCUCACGCCACUUGAACCCCGACCGCGUCAUCCAGGAGGCGCGCGAGCACGCGAAGAAGCACCGCAACGGACGCGAGACCGUUCACGACAUGCUCCAGCGCGGCGAGGCGAGCGGCCACCUUCACCGCACCCAUAACGGGCAUGCCAACUAUGACACCGACCCCAUCCCCAAGUACCGCAUCCCGACCAAGGGAACCGACGCCAAGACGGCUUACGACCUCGUCAACUCGGAACUCCUCCUCGACGGCAACCCUCAGCUCAACUUGGCCUCCUUCGUUCACACCCAAAUGAAUGAGUACGCCGACCGCCUCAUGUUCGAGAACCGCAUGAAGAACCAGAUUGACUCGGACGAAUACCCCGGCACGACGCUGAUUCACAACCGCCUCGUCUCGAUGAUCGCCUCGCUCUGGCACGCCGACGACAAGAAGGAGGACGCGACCGGCUGUGUCACGACUGGCUCGUCGGAGGCGGCGCAGCUCGGUGGUCUCGCGAUGAAGAAGAUGUGGCAGGCGAAACGCAAGGCGCAGGGGAAGAGCGCGGAGAAGCCCGAGAUAAUUAUGGGAGCCAACGCUCAGGUCGCCCUCGAGAAGUUUGCUCGCUAUUUCGACGUCAGCAUGGUUACAGUGCCCGUGGACGAGUCGACGAAGUAUGUGAUGGAUCCGAAGAGGGCAAUCGAGCUUGUCAACGAGAUCGGCGUCUACGUCAUCCUCGGCUCGACCUACACCGGCACCUACGAGAACGUCGAGGAGAUGUCUCGCUUGCUCGACGAGUACGAAGCCAAGACGGGCCACUACGUCCCCAUCCACGUCGACGCUGCCUCGGGCGGUUUCGUCGCGCCCUUCGCCUCGCCUUCGCUCAAGUGGGACUUCCGCAUCCCGCGCGUCGUCUCGAUCAAUUCGUCCGGCCACAAGUUCGGCCAGAGCUAUGUCGGCUGCGGUUUCAUCAUCUGGCGCGACAAGCAGCACCUCCCCAAGGAGCUCGUCUUUGAGCUGCACUACCUCGGCUCGGUCGAGUACUCGUUCUCGCUCAACUUCAGUCGUCCGGCCGCGCCUUUCCUCGCUCAGUACUACAACCUCCUCUACCUCGGCUUCGAGGGCUACCGCCGCGUCGCCCUCAACGACCUCAAGAACGCGCGCCUUCUCGCCCGUGCCCUCGAGCGCUCGAAGUACUACAAGGUCGUCUCGGAGGUGCACCAUCUCAAGGACAGGAGCUUGACUGAGAAGGCGAAGGAGACGGUUGGUGCUGUCGACGAUGUCGAGGCCUACGUCCCCUCGCUUCCCGUUGUCGCCUUCAUGUUCAGUGACGAAUUCCGCCAGGAGUACCCGCGCAUCAAGCAGCGCAGCAUCCAGCUCGGUCUCCGCGAGCACAACUGGAUCGUCCCGAACUACGACCUUCCGCCCAACGCUCAGGACAAGGAAGUUCUCCGCGUUGUGAUCCGCGAGAAUUUCAACGAGGACAUGGUCGAACGCCUCUUCCACGACAUCAUCGAAGUGACCGAGCAGCUCAUGGACGAGCACAAGGCCGACGUCCGCCAGCCCGGCGAGGGCGAGGGCAGGAACGUCAAUGCCCCCAAGCACGGCAAGGGCAAGGAGCAGUCCAUCUCGGAGAGAAUGGCGGCGAGCCACGGGGAGGGCACGAGGCCGGUCGGCCACGACUCGGUCUGCUAA